GCUCCAUAUACACAUCUCCAAUAGUUCGCUAUUGUCAUAUCUGAGAGGCUCACAGCACACGAUCAAGUUGGUCCGAAUUAGACAGAAAGGAGGAGAAAGAUGAGCGGGAUGAUUACGCAAGACUGGGAGCCCAUAGUGAUCCGCAAGAAGGCACCAACGGCAGCCGCUAGCAAGGAUGAGAAAACCGUCAACGCAGCUCGUCGCGCCGGCGCCGAGAUCGAAACUGUCAAAAAACCUACUGCUGGUACAAACAAGGCUGCAUCCAGUUCCACAUCUCUGAACACAAGGAAGCUUGAUGAAGACACAGAGAAUCUGUCUCUUCCUACGGUGCCUACUGAAAUGAGGAAAACUAUUACUAAAGCUCGGACAGAGAAGAAAAUGACCCAAUCUCAGCUUGCUCAGAUGAUAAAUGAGAAACCACAAGUUAUUCAGGAUUAUGAAUCUGGAAAAGCAAUUCCGAAUCAGAGUGUAAUAAUUAAACUGGAAAGGGCUCUUGGUGCAAAGCUUAGAGGAAAGAAAUAAAUGUUUAGGCUUGGUGAACAUGUAAGCCUUUUUCAAUUACACUGCUGAAUGUUUUGCAUCCUAAAACGUGUUGUACAUGAAAGUCAGCGUCCUUUGGUGUAUUGAUCAAUCCUAUUUGUCUUCUUGCUACUAUGGAAUUUAGACUUCAAGGAUAACAAGAUAUGCCAUGUAAUGCUUCAUCACUCAGUUUAUAAUAAAUCUUAGGAACUGCAAUGACUAUGCUGGCAGGUGUUACUGCGAAAUAUGUUUGCAUUUGUUCCCAUGCAUUUCUUCAACCUCUUAACUUUGGGGGCUCGUGGU